AUAGUUGUGUGCAGAGUAGCAAUCAUUUAAAUGGUAAGACGACAAUAUCAAAUGCAGCUCAAAGAUCACAACCAACAAUAAUAGCAACAGCAUCUGUCGCAACCACAGCCCCAGCAUCAGCAACAAUACAACAGCAAUCAAAUCAAUUAACAACAUCACAAUAUGCAGCAACAACAGCAAAUACACAAUUGUCAACGAAAACAACGGUGACAACAUCUACAAAAGCAACAUGUACCUCCUUAAAUGACAACUACAACUGCAGCAGCAUCAGUAUGCAACUAAAACAACAAACUGAACAUUUACAAUCACAACAACAGCAGCAGCAACAACAACAAGUAACAUUUACAAUUUUAAUUGCCAUCGAAAAAUCGCAACACCUGUGCGUAAUCGAUUUAAUUAGCCAAAGUUUAAAACUCCUAACACGGCAUAUUGCGUAUUGUGAAUUACUUGCCAUUUGUCUCGAUACCAAUUUACUGCCAACGUCAAAUAAAAAUGUAAAAGCUGAUGGCGAUGUUGUCACCAGCAGCUCCUCUGCCACCACCACCAGCACUACCACCAGCACAUCUAUCACCUCUGACAGUAGCAGCACUGAACUUACAGCUGAAAAUCCAAAAGUCUUAACUACCGAUACAAAUGGCAAUCACUGCAGCAGUAAUAAGAAAUCUCCAACACAUUCGAUCAAAUUCAUUAGUAUUGAUGAAGUCACGACAAGUGUUGCACCAUCUCAGACACCUAGUGGACGUCUAUGUGGUUUACAUCAUCAUGACGCACGGAAGUGGCGUGAUUUUUUCAUGCAAUAUGAACCAUUUUAUAAUCAGUGUACGGGUGCAGCACAUCGUUUGGUUGCGGCUUUAAAUGACAUACGCUAUGCUGACCUACAAGGUUUGCCAACUAGGCGUCAGUUGUAUGCUCAACAUAGAGCUUUAAGUCGUGCUCUCAUGGAUUCUGAAUUGCAUAAUUUGCGCAAACGUAGCACAGCCACCAUGAUACGUUUACAGGAACUGGCGAAAAGUAUUAACAGUCACAUUAAUAGUAGUAAUGGUGGUUACAGUGGCAGUUUAAAAAGCACUACAACUACUGGUAGCAGUAUAUAUAAUCGUAGCAAGAUCAUGGGUAGCGGUAGCAGCAGUUAUAGCUUUAAUUACCAAAGCAACCAAAAUCAAAGUCAGAUUAGUCACAAUAUUUCAACAAUAGCAACCAAAUCAUCAUCAUCAUCCACAACAUCAGUAUCAUCAAAACAAGCAGCAGCAACAGCAACAUUUUUACAAACCCCAUUUACCAACACAACAAAUCCCAUCAUUAAGUCAUCCAUUUAUUCAUCCAACUUACAAACUUCUACCACCACAGCUAGUCGUGUAAGCGCCAAUUAUACCAGCAACAGCAACAACUUUAUCUACAACAACAAUAAUAAUAACAAUGUUACACCAACAACAACAUCAACGACCACUGGUAACAUUGAUGUUGCAAUUAGACUACAGAAGGUAACAUUACUAUUCAAUGAAAUUGAUCGUGCCGCCAAGCGUCUGGAACAACUCACCGAACAACGUCGCGAACAUUUACGCGAAUUAACACGCCAACGUGCUCUUGAAGAUGAAAUUAAUGAGGUAACUUCUUGGAUAACGAGUGAUGGCAGUGAAUCACUGCAACGAUUUAUAAACUUGGAAUUAGAUUUUGAAACACCAAUGAAGGAACUCGAACAUGAAUUUGAAAAAUACUACUUUAUAUCAAUGAAACAUUUAGCUAAAGGACGAGAUCUACAUUUAGCAGCAGUCUGCAUGGAAUCUCUUAAGGAAAGUUCAAUUAACUUAAAAAAAGCUCUCGAUAAUUUUGCGGAAAAACUGGAAAUAGCUCGAGAGCGCAUAGAGGGCGCGACACGUUUAUAUCAUCUCGUACAUCUUCAUAUGCUCGAUGAAAAUAUGCAACAUGAAAUGGAACGUUUAGCUGCACUCUAUGGUACAAAAGGACUUUUAGAAAAAUAUCUCGAAAAGGAAAAUGAGAGAUCGAAACCCAAACCGGAUAGUUUAAAUUUACAUAUCAAUCAUAAUAACAGUAUGCAGAAAUCAUUAAAUCAAAUCGUAACUAGUACGCCGGAUACAAAUAAACUACGUACCAUAAGUCAUAGAUCAAGUUAUGGCACCGGUUCAUUUGAGAGUCCGACAUGUCAGUGUUGGCGUGAUAGUCGAAAUCUAGAUGAAAUGGAUGAAAUGUUGGAUAAUGAUGAGGAAGAGGGGCGUUCGAAAAUUGCCGAUUCUGGAGUGGGAGAAUGUCAACGAUGUGAGGGGAAUCCGAAAUUUACCAGAGUAUGUUCAUGCCAAAGUCUCAACGAGGAAUCAGAGAAUUUAUAUGAAAAACAUGAUGAACUCGAUGAUGAAUGCUUCGAGCAACCAUCUAAACAUUAUAUUAAUGUCCAUUCACCCUGGGAGGCCAAUAAACAUUUACAAUGUUAUGCCUCCACAUUCGAAUUGCCCAAACUGGAAGAACUCAGCUGCCUAGAUCCAAAAAUACAAAAAACGCUCCUAUUGAUCAUGCGCGAGAUGAUUGGCACGGAACGUGACUAUGUACGUUCAUUAUAUUAUGUCAUUGAAAACUAUAUUGAUGAAUUGUUGCGCGAUGAUAUACCACAAUCGCUGCGCGGUCAACGCAAUGUUAUCUUUGGUAAUAUUGAGAAGAUUUUCGAAUUUCAUAAUAAUCAUUUUCUAGCGGAACUGGAACGUUACGAACAUAAUCCGCUAAAAGUUGGUGCUGCCUUCCUACAAAUGGAAUCGAAAUUUUAUUUAUAUGCUUUAUAUAAUAAAAAUAAACCAAAAAGUGAUACAUUGAUGAGUGAAUAUGGAACUGCCUUUUUUAAGACUAAACAAAUCGAACUAAAUGAUAAAAUGGACUUGGCUUCGUACCUACUAAAGCCAGUGCAGCGAAUGGGUAAAUAUGCAUUACUCUUGCAACAAUUGGUGAAAGCCUGCAGCACAGUGCAGGGCUCAGCAUUACAAGAAAUUGCAGCCGAUGUUGAAGAAUUGCAAAAAGCCGAAGAAAUGGUGAAAUUUCAAUUGAGACAUGGCAAUGACCUAUUGGCCAUGGAUUCGCUGAGAGACUGUGAUGUAAAUGUCAAAGAACAGGGACGUCUCUUGAGACAAAAUGAAUUUUUAGUUUGGCAGGGUAGGGGUGGUAAGAAAACACUGCGACAAAUUUUCCUAUUCGAAGAAUUAGUAUUAUUCAGUAAAGCCCGAAGAUUUCCGGACCAUAAGAAUCUUGAUAUUUAUAUUUACAAGAAUAGCAUUAAGACUUCGGAUAUUGGUUUAACUGCUCAUGUGGGAGAUUCAACUACAAAAUUUGAAAUUUGGUUUAGAAAACGUAAACCCGAAGAUACAUUUACCCUGCAAUGCAUGUCAGAGGAUAUUAAAAAUGCCUGGACUGAGGAAAUUUCAAAGUUAUUAUGGCAACAGGCGAAAAGAAAUCGAGAAAUUCGCCUAGCUGAAAUGUCUUCAAUGGGCAUUGGCAGUAAACCGUGUUUGGAUAUAAGACCCAGUAAUAAUCAAAUAAAUGAUCGUUCUAUAACUAUUACCCAAUUAGGAAAAGCACCCAAAUUGCGUCAUUCAUUUGUGGGCUUGCACACCGAUCAAGUAAAAACUUCACGUCGUCCCAAUUCCCUAAUAUCGGAAAGUUCUUUAUCUAGUGGCACUAGCAGUUCUUCACUUAGUAAAUCCUCCACUUCAUCAUCAUCGUCAUCUGCCCAUCACCACCACCACAGCAACAACAAUCAUCAUAAUCAUCAGCAACAGCACCACAGCCAACAGCAACAUCAUGCAAAUCAAGCUCUUGAGCUUAUCAAUGAAUGUCAAACUCUGGCUUUAGAGAGCAAUACUGACAAUUGCCACAAACCCCAACAGCAUAUGACCAACACUAUGAGCAGUGGUUUUAGCAGUCAAAGUGGUGGUGGUACUUUAAAUUCCCGUCAUCGUAAUCAUCAUAAACGUUCGACAACUAUCGUUAGUCAACUGUCAAUGGAAAGUGGUAUAAUAUCAGAUAUAUGCAUGACACCCGAUCAGGAUAAUAAUGAUGUAUUAACAACAUGGCCCUCCAUCCAUCCAACAGAUGCCAUAAUAUCCCCCACAACAGGUGGACAAAAAUACACACACAAAACUUAUGCAUCAAAUACUUUGGGUAAGAAAUUGGAAUCACAUUAUCAUCAUUCGCAACAACAACAACAACAUCAGCAAUAUAAGGAAUUAAAAUUGGAAGAGACUUUAGAACAUACGAGUUGAACAUUGUAUCUUUCUAAGUAUUUAAUGACCUUUUUAUUAAUAAACUUUAAACAUUUUA